UUUGCUUUGCCUCUGCAUCUUUGUCUUUGCCUUCUAGAAGUUUUCAAUUCUGUAUGUUCCAAAUUGCUAUAAAUAAAAGCAAGAGAGUCCUUCAUAGCCCAGUUUGUCCUUCACAUAUUCUUUUGCUUUUGACAAAAAGGAGAAGGGAAAAACAUUACUCUGAGCUUCUCUGCCUCUGGAGUUCUGUGGUUGGUUGGUUGGUUAGUUUUGUGAGAUUUUUGGAAGAUGGGUUUCUUUGCAUUGGUGACGGGAAAACGAGGGCCAAGUGGGUUUGGAUCAGCUUCCACUGCUGAGCAGGUUACUGAAGGAGUUGAUGCAUCCAGCCUUACCGCCAUUGUUACUGGAGGGGCUAGUGGGAUUGGGUUAGAGACUGCAAGGGUGUUGGCACUCCGCGGAGCUCAUGUCAUCAUCGCCGCCAGAAACCUUGAGGCUGCAAGUGAAGCUAAACAGCUUAUUCUUAAAGACAAUCAUACAGCUCGAAUCGAUGUUCUGAAACUUAACCUCAGCUCUAUCAAGUCUGUUAGAUCAUUUGUCAACAGCUUCAACGCUCUCGAUCUCCCUCUCAACCUCUUAAUAAACAAUGCUGGUGUUAUGUUCUGCCCCUUCCAGCUUUCAGAAGAUGGAAUAGAGAUGCACUUUGCAACCAAUCAUCUUGGUCAUUUUCUGUUAACGAACCUUCUCCUUGAGAAAAUGAAGACUACUGCUAAAACUACUGGUGUGGAAGGCAGAAUUGUGAAUCUAUCAUCGCUUGCUCAUGCAGGCACUUAUAAAGGCGGGAUUCGAUUCGACAAAAUCAAUGAUCCAGAUAGUUACUCCACGAUAAAUGCAUACGGGCAAUCCAAAUUAGCAAACUUACUGCAUGCCAAUGAGCUCUCUCGUCGAUUGCAGGAAGAAGGUGUGAGCAUUACAGUCAACUCUGUCCACCCCGGAUUGAUCAUGACACCUCUCAUGAGACAUAAUCCUCUUUUGAUGAAGGCUUUUAAGAUGUUCACCUUCUGCAUGUGGAAGAAUGUACCUCAGGGAGCAGCCACAACAUCGUAUGUAGCUCUGCACCCAAAGUUGAAAGGUGUGACCGGAAAAUACUAUGCCGACUGCAAUGAGACGGAACCCAGCAAAGAUGCCGGUGAUGAAAACUUGGCCAAGAAGCUUUGGGACUGCAGCAACAAGUUGAUUGAUGGAGCUUCCGAAAUCUGAAUCUUGGAAGUAUCUUUAUGUGCAGUCUGUGAUAACAUUAGUCUAUAUGGUUACAGGUCGGAUAAACUUACAUACGACCGGAAUACUAAGAUCUAGGUCAUCGCAUGAAUAGUUUGGAUUGAUUUUGAAAUAUUUUCACUUUGUCAUCGUUGUUGUAUCAAUGUUAUUUCCCGUAAAGCAUAAGUCGUUUGUUGGAUAA